AUGAGCAAGACAGUUUUACUCCUCGAUGAUCGACGACGAACAAAUUGUAUUAGAGCAUUAACUGAUCUAUACGCAAAACAAAACGACAACAAUACACAUGCCAUUGAUUUUUGUCGCGAACAGCUGUCUUUGUACGAACAGCAUCUAUCUGAAAAUCACACCGGUAUUGCUUACCUUUUAAUGAAACUAGGCGAACUUUACGAAGAAGAUGAUAAUCAAAAAAUUCAAGCAUAUAAAAGAGCCUUACACAUUCUAGAGAAAAAUGUUCAUUUAGAAUAUGCUACAACAGCCAACUGUUUAACGCUGGUUGCUCAAUAUUACACCGGCAAAAGUAUGCAUGAAGAAGCGUUGGUUUAUUACAAAAGAGCAAUGGAAAUUCAAAAGAAAAUUUAUCCAGCAGGUCUUUCGAUUUUAAUUGAAACACAAAAAUUGAUUGAUAGAGCCGAACAGAACGACAAUUAA